UAUAAUUAUCCAGUUAUCUGAACAUUUUACAUGUUUACUGUGCACAAAUGUUCCGUUUUGGACCCGUCGUUGUCGUUCUUUUGGUCCGGUUCUUGUCUGUAGUUGCAUUAGAUAAGUCUGGUCGGACUGACAACACACUUGGCCUCGGAAACACGGUUCUGUCCAAGCUCUUUGCUCGUGUACAGCCGCCAUCACGGCAGUGCUCCUCCACACGUUCCAGUCCGGCGGAUUCAACAUGGCGGACUGGAUGUGAACAGAACCUUUACUCACGGACUGCGGCGGUCUCCACUUAGUCCAGUCCGACGCAUCGUCUCCGAAUCAGUCCACUUAAAAUGUGAAAACGGUUCUGUUGGAGGUCCGAAACAUCUUCGGAAUAAAGAAUGUAGUGACGCCAUCUAUAACCAUCGGAAUCGUUACAAUCUGGACCCGAACCGGAAGUGGCCGGCUCGGCACUGCGUCUCUGGGUCCAACUUUUCCAUGAAAAAUUCAGCUCUGUUCGCCGGAGACAUAAACGACACGCCUCCGGGGUCCAUACAUCGAACGAGGAACACGUGAAGAGCGGAGCCGUGGUGGGGUCCCUGUGGAUCGGAUGUGAUCCACAGUUGUUGGUGCCGAAGAAGCUGGAUCUCUUCAACCAGGUGGCGGCGGUAAGAUGGCGUCUGAGUCUGCGCAGUACCGGAGGAAGAAGACGGGGCGGGCGGUGACGUGACAGUGAAAAACGCCGCGUGCUAAUUGUUUGCUGCACACAUUGUUAAAGAUCAAGAUCAACGCGUGAACGGCAGGCCUGCAGAAAAAAACAAAAACAAAGCAACGAUUAGGACGGCUGUCGCACCGGGCCGCAGUCGAUGCGUCUCAGUUGGCAGAAGGGUGCUGGCUUGAAUCAUUGUGCAGAUGCAUGAAAAACGGGAUCCUUUUUAGGACCUGUUCAUGGCCUCUACAAAGACUCAGAAAGGCAUGGUAUUCAUGAAGGAGGGGCCAACCGCCCCUGUGGUAUCACUUGCAGGUGAUCAUCCACCUGCAUGCUUUGUCCCUCUUGGACCUGGGACUGGUCAGAGAACCUGUGAGGAAGCAGAUUUUCGGGGUAAACGCAGAGUGUACUCAUCUAAAGAUGCCAUGAUCAAGAUGGGAGCAGCGAAGCGGCGCACCAGUUUGAACACUAAGUCGGACAGCUUAUCACCAGACAGCGUCUGUAAAGGUGUCAGAGUGACGCUAGACAACAACAGCAUGUGGAGAGAGUUUUUCAGCUGCAAAACAGAAAUGAUUCUGACAAAACAAGGCAGCAGGAUGUUCCCAUACUGCCGCUUCCGGAUCUCAGGGCUGCAGCCAGCUAAGAAGUACACUUUGCUCAUGGACAUUCAGCCUUUAGACAGCAGUCAGUACAAGUGGACCGGCGAUAGCUGGCAAGUUUCCCGAAAAGCAGAAUGUCAUAUAAAGAGUCAACCUUUUGCUCAUCCAGAAUCCCCAGCAACAGGUCAGUACUGGAUGCAGAGUCCAGUGUCCUUUUACAAACUAAAACUGACAAAUGACAUUUCGGAACAAGAUGGGAAUAUCGUCCUGCAUCCCAUGCACCGGUACUUACCACAGCUUCACCUGGUCCAGUCAGAAAAAGUUGUAGAAGACAUAAAGCUGAAAGAUCCCAGCGUUCUUACAUUCAGUUUCUCCCAGACUGAGUUUAUAGCAGUCACUGCUUACCAGAACCCACGGUUUGCUCAGCUGAAAGUCAGCUAUAACCCAUUUGCUAAAGGACUAAAGGAGGAUGGGUCCAGUUCUCGCAGCCUAAAGGUGAAAGUAAACUCUGUGAAAGAGUUGACCAAAAAUGGGGAUAAGACGGUCAUUGAGCAGCACCCUGUUAAGAAAAGCUUAAAGUCUUUGCUUGCAAACCAUAAACCUAAAAGCUCAAAGGCAGUGGACUUAAAGUCUACAUCACUGGAAGACCUGCAGAAAAAUGCCAUGACAAACAAGAUUCAGUCAGCUGCCAAGAUCCCAGAGGAACAUCCACGCAACUCCCGACCGACCCAGAAGUUAUUUUCUGAGCUCAUUCGUGAGGCCCACGUGUCGUUGCAGAGGUGCAACAUGGAGCAGCUCAGCUGCUGCAGCUCUGUGAGAGCAGCGCAAGCUAACACUAAGACCACCACACUGAGUGACGCCAGAGACAAGAUGCCUGUCAAAACACUAACAAGGAAAAAGGAAAGGAAAAUGAAAGAUUCAGCUAACUGUACAGCCAACACUAGCACAGACUGUUCUGUCACCGCUGAUUCAUUAGAGUCUCAGAAGUCUUUCAAACACUUGGACCACCAGUGUCCUCCAGACGCUCCAUCAGAUGAUUCAAGGCAGCAGAAACGUCCAGCUCGCCUGCCUCUGCCUGCUCUGGCCCUGUUUUUGAAACGGCAUUCAACAAAAUCUAAAAAGAGCCAACCAGACUCUCCUCCUCCAUCACCUCCAUCUGGAUCUGUGUGUGAAUCCAGAAGUUCUGCUGCAGCUUCUGAGGUGAUCAUCAUCCAGGACUGCAGUCCUCCUGGUGUGGACCUUUCUGCAGAUGAAACGGUUUCAGAACAAGUGGACAAGACAGCACGGCAGCUGUGCAGUCCAACAUGUGAAGGUGCUGCAGAACCAGAGCCUGCUGCAUAUGCUGCUUCAGAGCCUGAGAAACCAGAACCUGUUACAGAUGUUGUUUCACAGUUUGAGGAACCAGAAUCUACUGCAGAUGCUGCUUCAGAGCUUGAGAAACCAGAACCUGUUACAGAUGCUGUUUCACAUUUUGAGAAACCAGAAUCUGCUGCUGAGCCAGAACCUGUUGCAGACGCUGCUUCAGAUACUGAGAAGCCAAAUCCUGAUGAUUCCUUCCCCCCCAUUUCUGAAAGUUCAGGUUUUGAGCCUACAGUGUUAGCUAGCUCGGAUGAUCAGUUUUGUACUUUCGGAUCAUCUACAUCCACCCUCCUUACAUGUUCUACCUCAGGUGCCUCCUCCACCUUGUCCCCCCUCCUGAACACAGUGUUACCUCCCCUGAACUCUACACGAAACCCUACAGGGUCUUCUACACUACCUUCAGACCCGUGCACUCUGAAAUCUGACUCUUUGCUUCCCGAUCCAGAGUGCUCCUCCUUCGACUUUGAGCCGGUGUCCCCUGCCAGCUCUCCAGAGCCUCUACCCCCCCUCCCAGCCUCUUUAGCUUUUGAGCUGGACUCCGGUGCUUCUGAAGCAGCGUGUCCAGUCGGACCUCAUGACGACGAAGUGCCCAGUAAGAGCUCGUCUGUCUUUACAUGGCAUACAGUGUUACCUCCACCAGAGUCCUACACAGACACUUCAUUCCCAACAUUUCAGCCUGAACCAUUAGCUCCCCCUUUAAUGUCCAUUUCUCCACCGUUGUUGCCUUGCCACUCUGAACCACAGGGUCUUGACACUUCUACAGACACGCCUCCCACUGACCCACCCGCUUCAUUUCAGGAGAGCGAGCAGUUGCUUCCUUUUCCUGCAGAGCUGUCUCCUCUCACCCUCCAGCUGCCGCUGUCUCCCACCUUCUCAUCAUUGGACGAGGACGGACUGUCUCCCACGCCCUCUCUCUCUGACUUUGUGCACUUUUUUUCCUCUGAUGUGGACACCAACAUCGGAGCAGCAUUGUCGAACACGGAAGCAGUGGCGGUUCCCCGUCCACCUGUGGCUGAAGCCCCUGAGUCUCCUCAGCAGGCGCUAUCGGUUUCAGCUAGCAAACCCUGCAAGCGUAAGAAGUCCAGAUGCAGCAACGUUUCCAGACUUGAUGUGGAUCAGAGGAUGGAUGACUACAGGAGCAUGCAGCCAAACCUGGAGGAGGUGGAGGAGCAGCUCUUCAUUUCCUUCACAUCCAAGGAAGCUCUUAAACUCCACCUAGCUGACUCCUCUGAAGGGGCGACCUGUCAGCCUCAGACCAAACCUGAAGAUCCACAACCUGCUGAAAAUCCUGAGAGCAUCAGCAAUGCAGAGAGUUUGGAGGAGACAGUCACUAAUUUCCAGAAGAUACUGCUCAGAGACCUGAAGCUGAUGAAGUACAGGCAGGUCAUCCACCCCGUGCUGCAGGAAGUUGGUCUGAAGAUGACCCUAUUGGAUCCAGCUCUGUCCAUCAACCUGCAGUACCUGGGAGUUCGUCUUCCUAUUCCUCCUCCAGGCACGAAUGUUGAAGUGCUGACUCGGACUGUGUCAUCAUCUCAGGAUGUUUCUCCUACAUUUGUGUCCCGAACGGGAAAAACUACAGAUGUGACCCAGAUUAAAGGCUGGAGGGAGAAGUUCACUGAGACUCCGCCCACUCCUGCGUCCUGCACAGAUGACGCUGGUCCCAGUUCUGACCUGCAGAAGAAGAACUUGUCGGCCUUCUGCAGCGACAUGCUGGAUGAGUACCUGGAAAACGAGGGGAAGCUAAUAGACGAGCGAGCCGCCAGCUUCUCCCAGCCGCCGCUGGAGGCACCAGUCUACAAGCUCCCUGUGAGUAGCACCAGCUACGUCCGGACUCUGGACCACAUCCUGAAGAAACAGACUUCCGGUUCACCUGCCUCAGACCUCAUAUCUGGGUUCAUCCCCCCGUCUAAGAGACCCAGACUCAAAGAAAGUAAAUCCUGCAGGGGGGCCGAGAAAAAACAGAGAGGACGUAGACGGAACAAACCCAGAACAGAACUUGAAGCUGCUGCAAGGACCGAUUCUAGUCCAGCUCAGCAGCCUGCGGUGCCAACACCUGUAAUGCCACUCCAGACCUCCCACCCCUCCAUCCAAACCACAUGUAAAAAGAGGAGGAAACUAGAGCCCAGGACCUUGUCCCAGACCCUCGGCCCUGCCAGGCCUUCUAUCCUGCUACCUGGCAUGUCGGAGAACUUGCCGCCGCUGGAAUCGGUCUCAGAGUUGGGCCUGACGUUACGUCAGAGUGAGGACGUCUCCAAGAGGGUGAGUAGGCCCAUGACGACCCGGGCCCUGCUGAGACAGCGAGACCUGGAAGAUGGCGUGGUGUCGGAGGGCCGGUCCCGGACCAGCAUCACAGGGGAGAGGGCUGCCAUUGCGUUAACGUCCCUCUUCACACAGACGGGUUUUGUGAAUGAGAAUCCGACGGCGCCGAUCCAGCUGGCUCGGAGACGAGUGUCCCCGUGUCUGAAUGACUUCUGCAGGCUCGGAUGCAUCUGCUCCAGUCUGGCCUACUGCUCCAGGAUCAGCCACUGUGGACGUCCCCUCUGCAUGUUUGGCUGCAGCUGCCUGAAGCAGAAGGUGGUACUCCUCAAGAACCUGGACAGCUCCGACUCCAGCCCCUCCUCCCACCACGGCAACACAAAGAAGAGGAAGAGGAGGAGAAGGAUGAAGAUGGCUUACGUCCUGAAGGAGGCGGACAGCGUUUCUCAGCCUGCAGAGCGGGUCCAUACUCUGUGGAGGAGGGACGUUGGAUACUUGGAUCCAGAACCCGUCCAUGUCCCUGACGUAGCUGUCCUGUCCCACCGAAAGAGGGGCAGAGUGAACCGGAGCAGCUGUGCCAGAGUCCGAGGAUACAGAGGACCCAAAGCGAUGGUGGAAUCGAAAGACAUGAAGCUGGCCAGAUGUAAAGCUGCCCGACAGAAAAUCCGAGAAAAGAGAGACCGAAGCUUCAAGAAGAGAAAAGCCGACAUCUGCAGCCCUCAUUCAGAUGAAGUGGUACAGCUGCCUUCUGCUGAGCCUCCUCCAGAAGAACCCUCACCAAAGCCUUCAAAGCGUCUCUUUAUCUUCAUGGACUCUAAGUGGGUGAGUGAUGCAGACCAAAGCUAUGUGCUGAAGAAACUGUGUGAGGCGAUGGCUCAGGACCAGCUGGACAAGCCAUUCUGGAUCAGGAAAUACCGCAUCAGUCCCAUCGAUCAGACCGUGGAGGGGAGCGGCACUGAUCAGUGCAUCCAUUACAGGAUCUGCAUCUCCACACCCAAAACACAGAGGAAGAAACCAGUAACACCAGUAAAGCUAACAGGCCGAAGAAGCCAGAGAGACAUCAGACCAGCAGGGAGGCGCAGAAAGAAGGACCACUUGGAGCAGGUAGCUGUGGACAUUCCAAAGGACUUGGUGAAAGAUGCUAAGAAGAAAGGUCCUCCAGAAGACUGGCAGAAGGAGGUGAUGGAGGAGGUGGGACCUCCAGAAGACUGGCAGAAGGAGGUGAUGGAGGAGGUGGGACCUCCAGAAGACUGGCAGAAGGAGGUGAUGGAGGAGGUGGGACCUCCAGAAGACUGGCAGAAGGAGGUGAUGGAGGAGGUGGGACCUCCAGAAGACUGGCAGAAGGAGAUUGAGGAAGAUGACACUGAGCUUGAGGAACAUGAUGCUGGGCUGGAGGAUGAAGCCUGCACAGAUCACCAGGUGGAUGAUUGGCAGAACAGAAGUGGAGAGGAGGUGAAAAAGAGGAUGGUCAACAUGACUUUACCUUUUCUGACUGGAAUCUCUCCAUCUGGCUUCCUAUCAGCCAACAGGAAGCAGCCAGGAGGAACGGACCAGCUGAUUCAGGUCAACGGGAAGGUCUAUCCUCUGGCAAAGAUCCAGUUGGGGAGGAUGGGGGCCCUCCACCCAGCGAAUCGUCUGGCAGCCUAUUUGACCGGUCGGGUGGGAUCCAGCAGACAGCAGCCAGAUUCUCCACUUUCCUCCUCAUCAUCGUCAUCAUCAUGCAUCCCUCCUCAGAAUUUGGUACCGGCCCCUCUCACUGUCUCCUCUGGCAUCACCACCACCAUUACCACGACGCCCCCAAGACCACAGCCAUCGGCCCCACCACUCCUCCUCACCACCCCUCCCACAGGCUCCCAGUCCACCAGUUCGGAGGUCUUGCCCGUAAACCUGUCUCUGGGCCCUGCACCUCCUAAAACCUCUCAGCUGUUUGUAGUUCGGUAUCCGGGGCCUCAUACGAUGGUUCCUCCAUCACCUCUUAGCUCCAUACUCCCAGCAACUCCCCCCACCAAUCAGAGGAUUGUUCUGAAGCCAGUUCAGUCCACAUCAGGGGCGCAGUAUUACCGUAAACCAGAUGGAAAACUAGUACAGCUGAUUUCUGUUGGACAGCUGAGACCAGUAACCCCAAAAUUACCUGCUGAAAAAGGUCCUUCCUCCUCCUCGUCCUCUACGUCAGUCCAGCCUGCUCUGACCCUUCCUCUGACCACAUUGACCGCCUCAUCGCUGUCUUCGUCCACUUCAUCUUUAUGCUUCUCAUCGUCUGUGUCCACAUCUUCAUCGUCAUUAUCAUUACCCUCCCCCUCUGUGCCGCCCUCUGCUGCCCCCCUUCUUCCAGGAUCUUUUUCCCUGGCUAAGAAGGGGACCUCCACCCUGAAAAUUCCCACCAUCCAGCCCAGUAAGGACCCCAUCUUUGUGACAUUUUGUAAAAUCUCCUCCCUCCCCACCUCUGAGGUUGUGAUGGCUCCAAGAAACCUUUCACAGCCUCAUCCCCCCACACCAAACCCCCCCAUGGCCCCUGUGAAGAUCAUUCCCCUCCAACCUUCUGUGGGUCAGGGGGCCGAGCUGGGGGUUAAAACUGUGUCGGUAACCACGGGUUACCCAGGUUCUGAAGAAGGGGACGUCCAACACAAUCCUCCUUCACCACAAAUCUGCUCCCCCACCUCGGCCACCACAGAGACCCCCGCUGACCUGCUCAGCCCUGAUCAGGAGCUGGCCCAUGACCCGGUGGACCUGGACAUCAUCUGUGUGGACGAUGAGGUGGGGCUUGUUUCCACGGAGACACCGAUGACACCGAUGUUGGUGCUGUCGUCGAGCAGCGAGACGGAGAACUCCUCCGACUCUGAGUUGGAGGACGAAGAGGAGCAGUUGCCUAUCAUCAGACAUCGCCACCUUCACAACGUGCUUGAGAAGAACCGUCGGGGGCAACUGCAGCUUAAAUUCAACUCUCUAAUGAAGGAGGUGUCUCAGAGUGGAGAGAAGAUGUCCAAGAUCUUCACCCUGAGGAAGGCAGUGAAGGUAAUUCAGGAGCUGAGGUGGACUGAGAUGUUCCUGCAGAGGCAGAUGCAAAGGCUGAAGAAGAAGAGGGAUGAAUACUUGUCCAUACUGGCUCCAACAGAAGCAAAGCAGGCCGAUGACAACCCAAUCGAGGUGGUGGAUUUAUUGGAUGUGUCGGAUGAUGUCAUCAAUCUCUCAUCUGAUGAAGACAGGGUCUCCAAAUCCACCUGGACAACCGUCACUCAGGACGCUCUUGCAGCCAGCCAGUCAAAAGAUGAGGAAGAGGAGGCUCGGAUCGGUCUCACGGAGAAGAGUGGACCUGGAGUGGCUCAGGAAAGACUGGAGAGGAUGACAAGGAACUCCAAUGCAGAAGAAGUGAUGGAGUCUCUCAGUUUAGACAUGAAAACCAGCAACUCUCCGAAGACGCUGCUACUGGAUCAGACAGAGAAACCGACGACUCAGAAAAUGGAACAGGACCACAUCAAGGAGUUGUCUAACACAUCAGAUGAGCAUAAGGACAGAUUCCUAAAGAAACCACUGCAGCUGGGGACAGACAGGCAUCAAACAGAGAGUGGGGCCUCUUUGGCUCCCCCUGUAGGAAAAGCUGAGGACCUACAGCAAACUCCUCCCAUCUGUGAGUCAGGAUGGCCUCCUCCCGGAUGGGUGGAGCCAGGUCUCCAGCUGCAGCCUAGCAGUUGGACUGUCCCACAGUCUGUGGCGUCUCAUCCCAGUUCGUCCUUCCAUCUGUCCCUCGAUGCUCCAGUACCAAGGAGUAGAGUGAAGACGGUUCCGAACAUCUUGUCUCGCAGUAAGAAUUCAACACGACCAUCCUCGCUCUGCACCAAGGCAACAGAGAGUGGAUCUCCAUCUUAUCAGGCUCUGGUUCCGCCAAAGGCUCUGUCUCUCAUCAAGAAGGCAUCACCAGUGUCACCAGUUCUGUCCCUGAGCCCAGUGAUGGUUCUGCAGACUGCUCCGGUACCAGGUGUGGACUUGGUGGGCCUGAAGAUCCCAGCUAUGGUCAACCAAGAAGUCCACCUGACCUCACAGCUCCGCCCCUCACCUGGCUCCAGCAACCAGCUUCACCUCAUUCAGACCGAACCUGCACAUCACACUCAGAAGCUGUUUCCAGCAGUGUGUCCUGCUGAACCACACCAGACCAGAGACCAGGACCAUCUUCCAUCUCAGACCCGGAAACCUGCAACCUCACAAAGUCCAGGACUGACCACCAAUGGUUUGUUAUCUGCAGAACCAGGUCCAUCUUCGGGACAUGGUCCGGCUUCAGGGACAGGUCCAUCUCUGAGUCCAGGUCCAGCUUCAGCACCAGACACCGGACAAGAAAAUCACAACAAGAAGUUGUCCACCCUCCUCGAUGAAAUCGUCUUUCUUAACCAGCAGACUGUUUCCAUGGUAACAACUGCAAGGGUAGCCUCACCUGAGAAACCGGUUGGGGCAGAAGAUCAGAGACCCGCCCCCAAACAGGCGCAGCUGGAUUCUGAAGUUGCCAUUUUUAACGGACACACAGAGACAGAAGCAGCUUCUGACUCUAAAGAUGCCGUCCCAGCCCCGCCCCCUCUGCUGCACAUGAAAGGGGGUGGGGCCAAAGUGGCUGGCAUGAGCCCCAGUGGCCAGACUGCAGUGGGAGGGGGAGGAAGUGUGAGUGGGGCUGUGGCCUGGAGGCCGAUGCCAAGGUUGGUUCCUCUGGGUCUGAGAGGAAGCUCCCCCACCUGACCAGACUGCCGUGGUCGUCGGAGCAUGGAGAACAUUCCAGAGACGGAUGAUCACAUGACCAUCAGAUAUUGUCAGUUAUUUAUUUUCUUUUUUUGUUUGUUUUUUUAAUAUCAUUAAGUUUCUGCUGAAAAAUGUUGGUCUGAGAGGUGUAAGGUUGUUACCAUGGUUACAGCAGUUAUCCUGCUGCUAUGGAAAUGAUCCACUGAGGAAAAUAAAGUUUCCAGCUGAACUUCCUGAUCACUGACAUUAUUUUGCCAGGGAUUCCUUAUCAAUACGUUGAUCAGUUUAUGACUGGGAUGAAAGGGUUCCCACAUCUUCAUUUCUCACAUCUGACCUCGAAUGUUCAGAUGGAUCAGUCCGAACCCGGAGCUCAGCUGCCACCUGCUGACGAAUUCGACCGAUCCCAUCGGUCCUGUUUUAAAUUAAAUUAAAAAAGAAGGCUGUUUCAUUUUUUAGUUAGAAAAAAGGAAUUUUCUUCACGGAAAACCAGAACUGAGGUGUUUUACUGCAGCUCGUAAGAUUGCUUCAAUCUCAUGUUUGGUUUCUGUUCAGUUUUCAGAUUGUUCCUGGGAAUUGUUUGACUGAUUUAUAGGGAUGGAAUAUUUCAGGAAGCUCAGCUGGAUCCACGCAACGGUCCUGGUUUGUGUUCCUCUUUGGAACUUUUCAGCUAAAACUGAUGUUCAGAUUUGAAUAUUAAUAAAGUUUUCUAUGAACUUCCGAGUCUGAUUUUGUUCUGAUUCUUUCAGAGAAUUCGUUCCUGUCUGCAAAACUGAGUCUGGGAAUAAACAAAAACGGGUCCGUAAAUGAA